AUAGUAGCGGGCUGGUUGGUCUUAGACAUUAAUGAAACGGCUUUUAGAUUUGGGGACAAACCGAUGCGGUAUAAUGCUAAAUCCGGAGGUCUGACAGGGUAACCUGAUAAGUUCUGCCCGACUUUUCUCCAGCGCGAGCGCCUAGCAGCCGGGCGUUAGCCCGUUAGCUAACGUUAGCCAAGGUGCUAAUUAGCAGGUGUGAAUGAGUGACGUGGUGCCUCCCACAGCUCUCAGUGAAAUCCAGCUCCGUUUCCUCUGCCACAAUGACAUAGGCAGUAUCAAGCUGCUCUGUGGGGAUUGGUUCCCAAUCGAGUACCCAGACUCAUGGUACCAAGACAUCACUUCCAACAAGAAGUUCUUCUCCCUCGCCGCCACCUUCAGAGGGAGCAUCGUAGGAAUGAUCGUGGCCGAGAUCAAAAACCGAACCAAAGUACACAAAGAGGAUGGAGACAUCCUGGCCUCCAAUUUUCCCGUGGACACACAGGUAGCCUACAUCCUCAGCCUGGGUGUGGUGAAGGAGUUCAGGAAACAUGGAAUAGGCUCCCUGCUGCUGGACAGCCUGAAGGAGCACAUCUCCACCACCGCCCAGGACCACUGUAAGGCCAUCUACCUGCACGUCCUCACCUCCAACAACACUGCCAUCCACUUCUACGAGAACAGGGACUUCAGGCAGCACCACUACCUGCCCUACUACUACUCCAUCCGCGGCGUCCUCAAAGACGGGUUCACAUAUGUGCUCUACAUUAACGGGGGCCAUCCUCCCUGGACUAUAUUUGACUACAUCCAGCACAUCGGCUCCACUCUGGCCAGCCUGAACCCCUGCUCCAUCUCUCAGAGGCUGUACCGCCAGGCCCAGUCGCUGCUGCGCUCCCUGCUGCCCUGGUCCAACAUCGCCUCCAAGACUGGCAUCCAGUACAGCAGAACCAUGUGACUCUCCUGUUCAGGACCUCGGCUGUCAGUCUUCCCUGUACAGAGCUGACAAGAGUCUACCCCUAACCCACAUGUCGUGUGGCUUC